AUGAACACAACAAAUGACAACUUGGUCAAACCCACCACCUGGCAAGACACGGAACAUGAUUUUCCCACUGCACUGGUGUGGAACCUUAAGAAGAUUUCUGCAAGCAUGGCAUCUGAAUCCACCAGCAAUUUCACUGCUCAGCCAAGCCACGCAGGUCCAUUGACAAGCUGCAAGGAUGAAGAUUUCUUACGGGUGAAAUUCUACCUCUCCAUCAUUUACAGCCUAAUCUUCCUGGUGUGCUUCCCAGGGAACAUAGUGACAAUUUUUGUUUACUUUGCUAAGAUGAGGCCCUGGAAAAGCAGCACCAUCAUUAUGUUAAACCUGGCCAUCACUGACCUGUUGUAUGUAGUCACACUUCCUUUCUUUAUACACUACUUUGCUAAUGGAAAUAACUGGAUUUUUGGAAACUUCAUGUGCAGGUUUAUUCACUUCUGUUUCUACUUCAACAUGUACAGUGGUAUUAUCUUCCUUAGCUGCUUCAGCAUCUUUCGCUUUUUGGUAGUUGUCUACCCAAUUAAAUGCCUUUUUCUUCAAAAACAGAGAUGGGCAGUGGUGACUUGCAUAGUCAUUUGGAUGAUUUCCCUGGUGGCCCUCAGCCCCUUGGCCAUCUUGAUUUUCCCAAAGCAUAAGCAGAACAGGACGAUCUGCCCAGACUUGACUGAUGCUGAGGAUCUUGACACUAGUCGGUGGUAUAACUGGAUAUUGACUGUGUUUGCCUUCUUCUUGCCUUUGCUGACUGUGACUCUGUGCUAUGUGCUUAUUAUUUACACCUUGGCUACUGGGCCUCACACAGGGGGUUGCUAUAAACAAAAAGCUCGCAGACUUGCUGUUGUCCUCUUGGUGGUCUUCUAUGUGUGUUUCCUCCCCUUCCACGUCUUUCGAGGGGUUCGUCUGGAGCUCCGAGUACGACCAGCUCCCUGCCACUUGAAGAAAACAAUCUUUUUAGUGUUUAUUAUGACUAAACCUUUAGCAGCAUUAAAUAUUUUUGGAAAUUUACUGCUCUAUGUAGUGUCAGGAGAUAACUUCCAGCAGGCGAUCCUCUCACUCCUCAAGUUUAGGACAAACAAGAACUUGAAGCAGAAGAGAUUGAUGCCACAAAAAAGUUAUGGAGGAAGGGUACAAACCUGCUGUCAACCAGCCAGGCACAACCUCCCUGCCAUUGGAGUACAGAGGUUAACCCUGACAGUGCUAAAGAAGAGUUAA